UUUAGACCACAUUAAUUUAUUGUCCUGACGGACCAUUCUGGUGGAAACAGGAGAGUUGAGGUGCACACUGAAUUCUGCCGUGAUUUGAGCAGCCGUGGUUUUAUGUUUUUUGGAUACAAUCCGGGUUAGCACCCGAACAUCCCUUUCAGACAGCUUCCUCCUGCGUCCACAGUUAAUCCUGUUGGAUGUGGUUGGUCCUUCUUGGUGGUAUGCUGACAUUACCCUGGAUACCGUGGCUCUUGAUACAUCACUAAGACUUGCUGUCUUGGUCACAGAUGCACCAGCAAGACGUGCACCAACAAUUUGUCCUCUUUUGAACUCUGGUAUGUCACCUAUAAUGUUGUGUGCAUUGCAAUAUUUUGAGCAACACUGUGCUCUUACUCUGCUAAUUGAACCUUCACACUCUGCUCUUACAGGUGCAAUGUGCAAUUAAUGAAGAUUGGCCACCAGGCUGCUUCUAUUGAAGCCAUGAAACCUCCCACCCCACACUAAAAUGACAGGUGUUUCAGUUUCAUUGUCCAACCCCUGUACUUAAUGCACCUUCAAACUCCACUGCUUGAUGUCAAGCACUACCAUAAGUGGAAAAGUAGUAAAGUAGAUAGACUGUCAAAGGUAAAACCCCUGACAUUUGACUUAUUGAAAUACAUACUCUGUUCCACUGCUUAGAUAUUAAUGAGGAUUCAAGCACUCUUCAUGAGACAGUAAUUCUGUAGAGUAAGGAGCAUUCCAAAAUUUCUAAUAGAUCAUCUGUCACAUAAUUUAAAGAUUGCCAUGCCAUCUGCAGGGAUCAGACCUGACAGCGUACAGCAUCCUCCCUUUGUGCAGGAAGAUGGGCUCUGUCUAAUUACAGAUCAGGGCAGGGCCCAGCAGAGCCUGUCUGUAAUCCGAUCUGAAUUUGGCUGCUCUCCCAGGUGUACUCUUCUACUGCGUCUUUCCCACCAAGAGACACAUGCGCUGCCUGCAGGCGGCGCUGAACAGCAUGGCGGACGUAAACAAUGUGUCUCAGGCGGGUGUGCCACUCCUCAUGCAGGCCUGCGAGAAUGCUCUGGAGUGUGAGGGCAUGUGCCUCAGCCUACUGGAGAGGGGGGCUGACCCCAACGCCACCAAUCAGGUGACAGGUUGCACUGCUCUGAUGGAAGCGGUGAAGGCAGGAGCAGUAGGGCUGGUGAGAGCUAUACUCAAACGAGGGGCGAACGUUAACGCAUCAGACACAAAGAACUUCCAGGCAGUUCACUUUGCAGCUGAAUUGGGCUACUUUGAAAUCAUCCGGGUGCUGUCUGCGUACGCAGCAGACAUGGGAGGAAUAACAGCAGAAGGGAACACGGCACUGCACUAUGCUGCCCAUGGUGGCUUUGCAAACUGCUGCAGAUUUUUGGCUCAGAGAGGAUGCAACCCCAAACUAAAAAACUUAGAGGGUCUCUUGCCUCGUCAAAUUGCUAAGGACUUGGGUCACAAGGCUUCAUUGAAAGAGCUGAAAAGGGCGGAGCGAUUGCAUGGGAAGUUUUCAAAAGGCUCAGGUGGCACUAACGAACCAUGGGCACUGACUCUCCAUGACUGGUCUCAUGAGCAUGAAGCUGAUCUCCGGAAAGCCUUCGAUUCUGCUUCAGAUGGAAUUGUAGGCAUAGAGGUGGUCUCCAGGCAGACGUUUGUCUCUGUUCUCAGAGGGCUCAAAGCACCAGUAGAGGAUGAACAUAUCCAGAGAAUCCUGAUUGCUCACGACAGGCGAAGAGAAGGCCUGAUUAACAUCAUUGACUUUCUCAAAGGUUUCAGAUACCUGCCAAAGAGUUUUGUCAUGGCCUCCUACGAACCAAGGAAGAAAAAAAGGGCUGCUAAGGGAGGAAAGACCAAGAAAAUCAAGCUGAACCUUCCCCUACCGAUUUGCGCUGUCCCUCCAGAGCUUCUCUACCGUCGCGAUGAUGGGGGACCACCGCAUUUCAUGAUUGAGAACUAUCACCUAAUUACAGACCCUAACCGCUUUGACCGGGACCAUCCACCAGGGCACCCUGUAGAGGAUGACUCAGCAUGGUAUGUAGAUGAUCCAGGGAAAGUCUACGUAAACAUUAGUUACUGUGUUAAGACAGGGGAUAUUGCCUCCCUGAAACUAGCCUUUAGUCAGAAAGUCCCUGGUGAUGUGAAAGACCAGUACUACAAGACUCCGCUCAUGACUGCAUGCGGAAGUGGGAACUACGAAGUGGCCAAGUUUCUACUCGACCGCGGGGCUGAUGUAAAUGCACGUGAUCAGUUCAGCUGGACCCCACUACAUCACGCUUGUCACGCCGGACAACUUGAUAUCAUUGAACUGCUGGUGGAAGCCGGAGCUGCUGUGGACGCACCAGCUCUCAGUGGGGCCACACCUUUAAUGAGGGCUAUUGAGAGCUGUAGGCCCUGCUGUGUGGAUUACCUCCUCAAGGCUGGAGCCACUGUCACUGUGGAGAACAAGACAGAGCAAAAUUGCUUGGAUAUUGCCCGUGCUUACGCAGACCAGAGGAUCGUGGAGUUGAUCCAGGCUAAAAUGAAUAGCCUGUACAAAGCAAGGGACAAGAAGGACAAGGCUGCCAAACCACAGACCAGACCCAGACCACUAACCUCCAUGUCCUCAAAGGAGAAGUAUCUUGAUUCAGCAUCUUCACAGCAGGGGGCGAGCUCAACAGCUAAGACGACAGUGAAGGCGGACAGCGUGAUCCUCCACAGCACUCAGAUUACCAGUGGAACCCUUAACAAAGUGGACAUCAGCUUUCAGCCUAGAACGGUGUGGGGUAAACAGCUGACCACUAGACAGCUGAUGGAAAAGAAAGAGGAAAGGAGACAGCGCUUUACGUCUGAAGUGGACUUUGAAGACUUCAGGAUGCCUUUUAAUAAAAACCUUCGUAAGAAGACAGUGGAUCUGACUGAGACCUUUGAGUAGAGCCAAGAGAGCAUCAUCACUCAUCAUGUCCUACAUUCACUCAUAAAUAUAAGCUUAUGUCCAAUGUUUGUGAUACUGAAUCAAUAAUUAAACAAGCCAUAAAAGCUCAAUCUAUAAUGUGCAUAUCCUGUUGUGCUGAAAUUAAGUUUGUGAAAGAAUUUUCAAGUGAUUAUGAAUGUCCCUGUCAUAAAUUGUUUUUUAAAUAUUUACCUCUUCAAUAGCCAUUAUACCUCCAAAUGUUACAGGAAAAUUGGUACAUAGCCAUAUUCUUGUUUUGGUGCUUGUUUAUGUCAUACCAGCUAUAAAGAUUUCUAGAAAAGGUUUGGUAAAAGUCAUAUAAACAUAUUUUAUUUAAUUUUAUAACAUAGUAUAUGAUAACUACUGCAAAUUAUACUGACCAUAAA